AUGAGUCCUGCAGCCAAAAUUGCUGUUUUGGUCCUCAUGCUUACCUUGCUCCUCUGCGCUAUUGUGUACUUCGCCCGCAACCAGAUUCACACCUUCGCCACGAUUUUGGCCCAUCACCGAGCGGCGCGCAAGGAGGCUUCGACAACUGAAGCUGCCUCUAACGAAACUACUGUCUAG